AUGGGAGGAGUGGUAUAUAUAAAGAGACUGGUGUGGUGUAUAAUAUCCCUUCCUUCACCUAUUCGCCAUUUAUCCAUCUCCUUCGAUCGCCAGUCAUGGGCAACUGCCAAAGCCGUCGAUAAUGCAAGUCUCGUAUUACAAACCCGAAACGGUAGAGCUGAGAGGUUCUACUCACCCAUCUCUGCCGCCGAGAUCAUGAAGCUCCACCCUGGUCACUGUGUCGCCCUCCUCCUCACCACCACCUUCUACUCCUCCCCUCCUUCAUCUUCCUCCGACGUCGACCACCACCACCAUCGACAUCCCAACAACAACCCUGCAAACACCAAUCAGCCUCUUCGUGUUACUCGCAUCAAGCUUCUCCGUCCCACCGACAAUCUAGUCCUUGGCCAUGCUUACAGACUCAUCACGAACCAAGAAGUGAUGAAAGGAUUAAAGGCAAAGAAAAACGGAAAAUUGGAUAAUAUUAAGGAUUUUUUGCCGCCGGAGUCUGCCGGAAAAACCUCAGCAAAUUCAGAUUCUGGAGCAGCAUCCACAAGAUCUACUCAAUCGGGGAAAACCCACCAACAGAUGAGGAAAACAGAUAAACAUCGGCAGAGGACGGCGGGUCCGGCGAACUCUGCAUCCACCGGAAUCAAACCAAGAGGGUGGCAUCCAUCAUUAAACAGCAUCUCAGAGGCAACAAGCUAGCUUAAUUAGCUAUGUUCAUAUAAAUUUUAAUUUCUUUUCCGUAGAAUUCUUGUGGGAAGAUGGAGAUUGCAUUUGGAGGCAUGAUGAAUGAUGC